AUGUCUCAACAUCCGUCCUCAUUGGACACCGACACGAGUGUGCCAGUUGAUGUGGCAGGUUGUGGAAGGUACAGUACCAACAAAGCAGGGAUGCAAGGUCUGGACAAGGCCACCAUUAUGCAGAUAAUUUUAGAAAAUUCAAAAGGCUCAAAGUUUUACGAAAACGAACUGCGCCGCGAGCGUACGUUACGGCAGCAGUUGGAGCAGAAAAUGGCCCAGCUCAAAUCUGCCACGCCGGCGAUGAUCAAGGCGGGGGAAAAAGAAGCUGAUUGUUUACUAGAGAUGAUACAAAGCCAACGUUGCUUCUCUCGCUGCAUUGUUCACAUUGAUAUGGACGCAUUUUAUGCUGCGGUGGAGAUCCGGGAUCAACCUGAACUGCGUGUCCACCCUGUCGCAGUGGGCAGUAACACUAUGCUAGCUACCAGUAAUUAUAUUGCUCGGCGCUUCGGUGUUCGCGCUGGUCUCCCUGGAUUUUUGGGUAAGAAGCUGUGCCCAACUCUACGUAUCAUCCCACCUGAUUUCUCCCGUUACACCGCCGCUAGCCACGACGUACGCAAAGUACUUCAGCAAUAUGCCAGGAUAUGUGACGAUGUCUCGCCACAUGCCACUCGGGAUAGGUUCGGUUCUGAAAAUGAGACGGACAGUGCACCUGCGGCCAUUGCAUCCACGAGUUUGGAUGAAGCUUACAUUGAUUUGACGCGUCAUCUUGAAGGGCGGAUCAACACCACGGAGAAUGAACGCACAUUUUGGCCCCGAUCAGCACCCGGCUCUCCUAUGCUGAUUUGUCGGUGUCAGAACAAAUCCAACUGUCACAUGCGAACCAACACAGUUGGACCCCAUGAACAUAACACACAGCCGUCCGACUCCAGCUCUGUAGCAAGCGACCUUCAUGAUCCGUUUACUUCUGUGGAAGAAUCCGUGGAGAAACCUGCGAGUGAUCCUGAGCUCGCAGUGUGUGAACACUGCGGUCUACUCCUCCGUCCCGGCCGCCGCCUUUUCGGGACAAGUGCCUGGGAAGCGGUUCGGGAAAUUCGAUUCCGAAUUUUUUGUUUCACUCGGUUGACUUGCAGUGCCGGUAUCGGACCCAACACGCUUAUCGCGAAAAUCGCUUCGGAUUGGAGUAAACCUAGCGGUCAAUUUGAAGUGGCGAACUCGCGCGAAGCUGUGGAUGAGUUCAUACGCCCACUGCCAGUACGAAAGGUCCCCGGCAUCGGUCAUGUGACGGAACGCCGUCUAGAAGCUUUUGGUGUCCGAACCUGUCAUGAUUUGAUCGAAAAUCGCGGAAAGCUAUGGCAGAUAAGCAGUCGCUCGGCAAUGACCUAUUACUUGCGAAUCGCCCUGGGGCACAGUAGCGAUGAAUGGCUGCCAUGUUCCUCGGACCUUCAUCUUUCGGCGGUUCCGAGUGAAGGUGAUCCGACCACUAACCGGAAUGAACUUGACCGUAAAAGUAUGAGUGUUGAAAGAACUUUUCAAGAUACCUCUGAUCCAAAUGCGUUGUUUCUACGCUGUCGUCAACUCGCUGCAAAACUAUCCGCUGAAUUAAAGGAAGAACAUGUUAAAGGUCGUCAGUUGACGCUAAAGUUAAAAUUGGACACAUUCGAAGUUCGAUCUCGAUCCCAACUGCUCCCGGAUUACACAAACGAAUGUGAAUUGAUCGCUACCUUUGCAAUUGAGCUGCUUCGCGAAGAAAUGGCCAAUGAGAAAAAUGCACAUUGCUCCGCGCAGUUAAAUCCAUCCUGCAGCUCCAAGUCACCGGCAAAGCAAUCACCCGGCGCACUGACUUUGCGGCUUAUGGGUCUCAAACUUUCCACUCUUAUGCCUGCCGAAAUGUGUUCGCAGGUCCGCCAGCGUAGUAUUGAAGAACUCUUCACUUUUGUGCUCAAUAGCAAGGAGACUGACGGUAUACCGACUGACUCUGGUUAUUUGGACAAGCUGAGCACCGUAGAGUCAGAAUCGCCGUUACAAACGAGCGCAAGUCAGUCUUCCAAAAGAGGUCCUCAUGCUAUCCCGAAACUUCCAUCCACAUCCAAGCGGAAGAAACUGAAAACGAGUACCCACAAUACAACGCUUCUUUCUUGGACCCAACCAACCCCUGCUGCGCACGCUCCGAGCCCUGUUGAUCAAUCCACGGUUCCGACCCCGGACGCUGCUUCAACUUCGAGCAUUUUUGUCAGUUGUCCUGUUUGUCACAAGGAAGUACCAUCCGUUUCACUUGAACAGUUCAACUUUCAUUUGGACGAGUGUCUGAGCCAAGCAACCAUCACCGAGGUGAUUCGUGAAACUUCACAGCCCUCUUCUCCUGCUACCCAUUGGACUCAAGAGCAGUCACCCUCUACCCGGAAAGACGAACUUUUGCAAUCAACAUCACUACUUCACACCUGCUCGAAAAAGAAAAGUGACACCUCGAGAUCUUCCACAUCGCCUACCAGAGGACCUCUUGAUAGAUUUGUUGUACAUUGA